AUGGCUAAUGUAAGCACACGAAUGAAGAAGAACGAAAUCACAACCACUGAGUUUAUCGCGAUGUAUGGAAUCGCACUAUUGGAUCCAGGUGUUGACGGACUAUCGGAUGCAGCACGUAAAAAAAUGCUUCUUGCUCGAGGACUUAUCAGCAAAUCGCUGUUCAGGCAUUACGAAAAUGAUAACGUGGCAGAUCCUGAGGUAAAGCUUGGGGCAUUGUACAUGGACGUUUAUACAUACAGCAAGGUACAUGCAAUCACAACAGCGGAAAAUAUGCACAUUCUCAAUGUAUUUGAUAUAGUGCCGUUGACCAAAGAUUGCAUAAUGGAGAAAAGUUGUCAGUUGGGAGAAAGUACUGGUCGCUUCACAGCAAGAGAGCACAGUAGUAAACUACUUUGA